UGAAGAGGAGAAGCAAUGGCGCUUAACCAAGUAUUGUUCUUCCUGUUGUUCGCCUUAGCCACAUCCCACGUCGCCACUGCCAGCGACCCCGACAUCACCUCCGACUUCAUCCUGCCCCCAAACGUCACUGCCGUCGACAGCAGCUUCUUCACCUACACCGGCCUGCGCUCCACGGUCAACUCCGCGCCUGGAGCAAGCUUCAGCGUUUCCAAGGCCGCGGCGGCUGAGUUCCCGGCCCUGCUCGGGCAGAGCGUGUCCGUGGCCGUGCUCAAGUACCCGGCCGGCUCCGUCAACCCGCCCCACACCCACCCGCGCUCCGCCGAGCUGCUCUUCCUGGUGCAGGGCUACCUUGAGGUGGGCUUCGUCGACACCAGCAACAAGCUGUACACCCAGUCGCUGCAGCCCGGCGACGUGUUCGUGUUCCCCAAGGGGCUAAUCCACUACCAGUACUGCAACUCGGGGAGCGCCGCCGUCGCCGUCUCCGCUUUCGGGAGCGCCAACGCCGGCACCGUUUCGGUUCCUAAGAGCGUGUUCGCCACCGGAGUCGACGACGGGGUGCUCGCGAAGUCGUUCAAGACCGACGUCGCCACCAUCCAGAAACUCAAGGCUGGCCUCGCAAACUAGCCUUCGAUUCCAGCUUUAAAUUAUACGUUUCAGGCUCCCAUUUAUUCUUUAAGAUUUAUGGUAGAUGUCAUUUCUGAAAUUUAACUUCGUUUGGUACGGGAAUAUUUCAGGAUAGUUGUUCGACAAAUUAUAUUCAAUAAAGAUUUUAUUUUUUUAUUUGUGGUCACCUUUUUGCAGAAAAUUUUACAUAAAUCUAUUGGCAAGCAUCUCAAGUUGAAUGUUUUGCAAACUUAAUUUCAAUGCUCUCUCUUCAGGAGCUAGAAGCUAAUCGAUAAGUGAAUAAAAUAAUCGCAUCAUUAACAUUUGAUACAAAAGGGUGCUUAUCUUCCCUUUUUUUUUUUCUCAAAGAGAAGCUUUAUAGCUUUCAAUUUAAAAUUUUCAUCUAAAAGUGAAUAAUCACUGUAAUACAAUAGAAAUAUCGGCAAUUUACCAAAAUACGUACUUAGAUUUUUAAAUCUACUUUAGUAUUUAUCAAAUGAUGCAUCUUUUUACAGUGAUCUUCCUAU